AUGUCCACAAUCAGCGCUAGGCGCAAGAGUAGCGGCCAGUUAGAGGUUAUGCAAAAAGCUGGCUGGAAGAUCGAUGAGAAUGAGAAAGCCUGCUAUAUAGACAUAGAGGAGGAUGAUGAUGAGGCAAAUGAAAAACUGGAUGAAUCGCAGCGCGUUUACUCCAGAUGGUCCGAACUGCCCAAUCUGGUGCUGGAGGAUAUUUUUGCCUAUCUAACGCCCAAGGAACGCUACUAUGCCAGUCUGGUUUGCCGGCAAUGGUAUAGCGCCUUCUAUUUGCCCACCGUUUGGAACAAUUUUGUGGUCGAUGAUCGCACUUUGACGCGCCCCAAGUACAAUUAUUACUCCGGUUGGCAAUAUUGUUUGGAUCAUAUGCGUACACAGAACUGCCUGGCGCGCAUCGGUAGACACCUGAGAGGCAUCGAGUUUCGACCCUGGCAUAGCUUCAAUAACAUCUAUCAGUUUAUGACGAUGUUAUCUUGGAGCAUGGAUAAGGGUCAGGAACAGAAUCCACAACCCGAAUUGGUGGGCAUGGGUCGUCGCAUACGCUCCUUGGUCUAUCAUUUUCCCUGCAAUAUGUCGCAACCCAAUGAUCCCGAAGGCAUCAAGCUCUUUGGCACCGGCGGCCAGCUGUUGAAGGGUCUUAAGGAGCUGCUGCUGCGUCUAACCGAUCUGCACACGCUGAAGCUGGUUGAUUUUGUGCUGGAACGCUUCGAGGCGAAUCACUUGCUGGAUGAAGUCGUUUGCAGUUGCUGCACAAAGAUGCGCAUCCUUAAUCUGGUGAAUGUGACCACAAUGCAUUGUCCCAUUAUGCAUGUGGGUCUGUUUCUCAAUUUGCGGGUGCUCACAAUUUCGCCACAAAACAUAGAUGAUGAUGUGUUAUCCCUAUUGGCGGACACCAAGCUGCGUCAUUUGCAUUUGCUGCAAAACCGAUAUACGCCCAACCAUCUGAGCAUCAGCGCCUGCGGCGUCAAGGCCUGGCGCAGUCUGAAGGCCACCAAUCCGCGGCUGAAAGUUCAUCUGCGCGUUGAGAAUCUGGUGGAUGGGGAUGUGGUGCUACAGCCGGAGGCACCAGUGCACAGCAUCACCUAUUGGGCACCACAGGCGCGCAUACGAACCGAUCUGCUGCUGCGCAUGGUGGAUCACUACAAGAACACAUUGGCCGUCUACGGUCAUGAGCUGUUGCCGCGAUUCAGUAGCCCAAAACCAUUUCACAAUCGCAUUGACAGUCUGUUGUUGCUGAUGUGUCGUCAAUGCAUCUAUCUGAACACGCUGGUCAUACGCGAAAAAGUGUCCACUUCAACUUUGCUCCUGCUGGCACGUACCGCAAAGAAUCUACAGCAGCUGCACGUGCGACGCUUUGCUGUCAUCUUGAGAUGCGACUGGCCCCGUCAUCCGGAGUGGAGCGAUGAGUUUCAUUUGUGGCUGAAGCGCAACUCGCGCUCCUAUGAGGCGGUCGAACGUGAAAUCUCCCAGAUAUUGGGCUAUAACUGGAAUUUACUCAGCGAUCGCGAAUUCAAGCAGCUGACGCUGAAUGUUAAGGCGGGCGCGUAAAAACACGCCCACUUUAUAUUAAAAAAAAAAAACGAAAGAAAAAACUGCGACUUGUGAUAAAAGGUGUAGAGCUUUAUUAGUUGAUGAA